GAGUGUACUGUUAGAACUUAGAAGAGAGUCCUCCACGGUUCCCAGUUCCCAGUUCCCAGUUCGCAUGCUCCUUCCUUUUAAGUUUCAACACUCUAAUUCUGCCCUAUUUCCAUUCACCCCCAAACUCUUUCGCUCCCACAACCGCAAUCAAAAAAUUCAAUUUCACCCUUUAUUCCUCACUGCAUUAUUUGUUUCCCGCAGGUUUAAGGUUUCUGUUUCACCAUGCAAUGUGUCUUCUGCACCUUUUCUCGCUUUCGCUUUCGGUAUCGGUUUCUUUGACCGAUAAUUUCUGCGUUUCUGUGCCGUUCACCGGUCUGGAUUGUUGAUUGACUUUUCGCUCUCUGCUGUUUGUUUCGUAGCAGAAGUGGUUUUGGGUGAUCAUACAUGGCGCCCAAUCCGAGAGUGGUGGCGGCCUUUACGGCAAUGGCGAAUCUCGGGAUUCACGAAUCAAAAGUGAAACCGGUGUUGAAGAAACUGCUUAAAUUGUAUGAUAAAAACUGGCAACUAAUUGAAGAAGAGAGUUAUAGGGCCCUGGCAGAUGCAAUAUUCGAGGAGGAAGAAAAUCAGGUGGCGGAGCCAGACCAGAAUAAUAAAAACAAGGAUGGAGUAGAUGAUGAAGAGGCUCGUACACAUGAGGCGCCUUUGCGACCUUUGAAGAGGUUGCGUUUGAGAGGUCAAGAGGGUCAAUCUUCACGCCCUAUGACUAUGACUAGUGGUGGCCCCAGCUCGGGUGCCUUUCCAUUGAAAACGCCUAAAUUAGAAGAUGGCACUGUGCCUGAAAGUAGUUCCAGAUUGCAGCCUCAAAGCACAGCAGCGUUAUCCGAUGGAAAUGCAAGGGUUGAUGCUCGUCGUGUUCCCCCACAAGAUGCUGUUGUUGACAAGGGAAAGCAACCUUUAUCACCUCAAGUUACUCCUAGAGGGAGAAGAUCUACAUCUGACAGAAGCCCCCUUGCAGAAACACUUAAAGGGCCAACAGUUGAGCCAGGAGCCACUCCGACAGCAAAUAAAAAAAUGCCUCCUCCAUUUAUUUUUAUCAAGCCCAAGGAUGAGCCUGUUGAUGAAUUGCCAGAUUAUGAGAUUAUUCCCAUUUCAGUGAUUCUUCCUGAACCAUCAAGUGGAAGAGACUCUCUAAUGGGGGAAGCUGAGAACCAAGAUGGCCAUGACACUGUGUUAUCACAGUGCAGAGAUGAAGAUGUUGAAGGUGAAGAUAUUCUUCCUUCCUAUAAUGAAGAAGCAACUUCUAAUGUCAAUGUAGUCUUGUCAUCUACGAGAGAGGAACACUCUUUAAAGAUAGCACAAGCUGACGAUGUUGCAAAGGAAUUUGAGACCAAUGGCUCACCAAUUUUUGGAGUAAAUAAAGAUUCAGUCAUGGCAAAUGGAUCAGUUAGUGUCAAGUCUUCUUCUACCGUGGAUGCACCUCAUGUUCCUAGUUCUCUACCCUGUCCGAGUGAUAUAGAUGAUGCUGUAGUAGUUUCCAAGAAGGUUGGAAUGAAUGAUUUAUUACAAAGUAAUGGAGGGAAGGAGCUGGAGGGGCCUAUAUCCCCAAAUUCAUGUACUUUAGUGGUUGUUCCAAAACAUCAGCUUACAACUGACAAUAUAGGAACUGUUCAUGAUGUUAAUGACCUAACAAAAGGAGAAGAAAGAGUGAAGAUUUCAUGGGUGAAUAACACUACUAAUGAUUUCCCACCACCCUUUCACUACAUACCCCGAAACCUUGUGUUCCGAGAUGCUUAUGUUAAUAUUUCUCUAUCUCGUAUUGGGAAUGAGGAUUGUUGUUCAGCUUGUUUGGGCAAUUGUGUAUUGUCAUCUAAACCAUGUUCUUGUACAAAUAAAACUGGGGGUGAAUUUGCUUACACUGCACAAGGCCUACUAAAGGAAGAGUUCUUGGAGGAGUGUAUUGCCAUCAGCCGUGAUCCUCAAAAUUAUUUCUAUUGCAAAGCCUGUCCACUUGAAACAUCAAAGAAUGAUGAUUGUUUAGAACCUUGUAAAGGACACUUAAAGAGGAAGUUUAUUAAAGAGUGCUGGAGCAAAUGUGGGUGUGGGAAACAUUGUGGAAAUCGGGUUGUCCAGCGUGGAAUAUCUUGCAAUUUGCAGGUGUUUUUGACUUCAGAUGGAAAAGGGUGGGGUCUUCGUACCUUAGAUGAUCUUCCAAAAGGUGCAUUUGUAUGUGAGUUUGUUGGGGAAAUUUUAACCGCCAAAGAGUUGCAUGACAGGAACAUGAAAUAUCCCAAAAAUGGGAAAUAUACAUACCCAAUUUUAUUGGAUGCGGAUUGGGGUUCUGGAAUUGUGAAGGAUAGUGAAGCUCUUUGCUUGUAUGCAGCAUCAUAUGGAAAUGCUGCUAGAUUUAUUAAUCACAGAUGUUUGGAUGCAAACUUGAUUGAGAUCCCAGUUGAAAUUGAGGGCCCAUCUCAUCACUAUUAUCAUUUUGCCUUCUUCACAUCCAGAAAAAUAGCAGCGCAGGAAGAGCUCACUUGGGAUUAUGGCAUCAACUUUGAUGAACAUGAUGAGCCUGUUGAGCUGUUCCAGUGCAGAUGUGGCAGUAAAUUCUGCAGGAAUAUUAAGCGAUCAAAUAGAUCCAACAGAUCUUCAAUUGCAUAAUGGCCAUUCUCUGCUAAACCGAUUUUGUUGGUCUAAUGCAUGACCAGAUAACCGAUUAGUAGUAACAAGUUCCAACUUACUGAAUUGGACUCUUUUUUAUUUUAUUUUUCAUUUUUCAUUAUUUUGCUCGGAGGUUGGAUACCAGUUACCAUUUACAGUCUCCUAAAAACUAUAAGGCAGUCAUGGCCUAGAAAAAAAAGUCAGAAAAACAAUAACCUUUAGGCUUUAGUAAUUCUGAAUGGUUCAUAAGGUUCUGCCGAAUGGCAAUGGAUGAUUCUGUCUCUAGGUUUAUGUUGUGCUAAUGCAUGCAUGACGGAUUAAUGAUUAAGAAAACUUCUCACACACAAUUUUUUUUA